GGUUCCGGUACUUGUUAAAGCAAGGGAUGUGAGUGUUGGACGUUGGUGUUGCGGUUGGAAGAGAAGCACAACUCUUUUCUGGUUUUGAUUACAUGGAAGCCGUGAGCGGCUUUAAAAGGAGCCAAAAUAGGCUGCAUAAAUAGUGUGAGCGAACGCGCAACCUCUGUGCAUACGUUGCUUGACGAAAAAACUGAUAGCCAGAAUGCUGAAGUCGGGUUCAACGACUUUCGCGUGCUUCGAGCCAUCGGACGGGGUGCCUUUGGGAAGGUAUGCAUUGUCGAGAAAAAGGACACAAAGGAAAUGUAUGCAAUGAAAUACAUGAGAAAAGCUGUUUGUAUAGAGAAAGAUGCAGUUCGGAAUGUCCUUCGAGAGAUGGACAUUUUAAUGGGUCUGGACAAUAGUUUUUUGGUGAAUUUGUGGUUUACUUUUCAAGAUGAAGAGGAUUUAUUUGUUGUUGUGGACUUAUUGCUUGGUGGUGAUCUUCGUUAUCACUUGCAACAAGGAAACAAAUUUAGCGAAGACGUUGUGAUCUUGUACGUGAUAGAGAUUAGCUUGGCACUUGAGUAUUUGAGAAAGAACAGGAUUAUUCAUAGGGACAUCAAACCAGAUAAUUUACUUCUGGAUAGCAAAGGCCAUGUACAUCUGACUGAUUUCAAUGUUGCAACAGUAAUGGAGGACGACAACACAUUAGCAACAUCAAUGUCAGGCACCAUACCAUAUAUGGCUCCCGAGAUCUUUAGGACUUCAGUUUGUCAAUCACGUGGUUACACCCAUGAAGUUGAUUGGUGGAGUCUGGGUGUUACAGCAUUUGAAUUACUCAAAGGAAAGAGACCGUAUCACAUAACCGCUGGCACGAAUACCGCAGAAAUCAUUCAAAUGUUUGACUCUUCGUGUGUUAUAUUGCCCAACAAUUGGUCGAAAAAUUUCAAAGAUCUUGUGAAAAAGCUGUUACAUAUCGAUCCAGACAUGCGCCUGAAUAACGUCGAGAAAUUAAAAGAAUGCGAACUAAUGGAUGCCGUUAAGUUUGAAGCGGUGAAAAAUAAGGACGUUCCUGUGUCUUUCAUUCCCUCAAAAGAUCAUUUGAACUGUGAUCCAACUUAUGAAUUGGAAGAAAUGAUUAUUGAGCCAAAUCCAUUGCAUAAGAAAAAGAAACGACUGGCGAAGCAAUGCAGCAAUAAAAUUGAUUCAAGCAAGGCAGAAUUGACGCCCAUGCAGAAGAAGUUGAAAACACUUAGCGAUGACUUUAAGCCAUACAAUCGUGAAAGGGAAAAAAUCUUAUUGCAAUCGCAGGAGCUUAAUAAUAUUGAUGGUGAAAUUGUUGCCGAAGAGAAAGACGCAAACUCAACUGAUGAUGAUGUAUGUCAUAGAGAAAACGACAAGACCAUGGAGAAACAAUUGACGAGCGAUAGUGAAAUGGCGAUGGAAAAGGCUGAAAAUGUUCACGAAUGGCGAACAAUGUCAUCAAAGACGAGAAAAGGGAAGCGGAAAACAAGAAAGAAGAAGACAAACAAAAAAUAUCAGAAGAGUUUGACGACUAUGGUGAUAGUCUUGCAAGUGAUAAACAAGAAUUGAUAGCUACAGAAGAAAAGCCGAAGAGAAAGAAAAGUGUUGGUGGAGCAUUAGAAAAGAGCGAAACGAAAGAAAACACUCACGAAACUGCUCAAAAAGCCGCUGUAGAAAACACUCAAGAAACCGUUGUAGAAAACACCGAGAAAACUGCUCUAGUAAAUGCUGUAGAAAAUACUCUCGAAACCGCUGUAGAAAACACUCAAGAAACUGCUCUAGAAAACAUUCAAGAAACUGCUGUAGAAAACACUCAAGAUACCGCUGUAGAAAACGCUAGAGAAACCGCUUUAGAAAACACUCAAGAAACGGCUGUAGAAAACGCUCAAGGAACAAUUGUAGAAAACUCUCACGAAACCACUAAUAAAAACACUCAAGAAACUGCGCUAGAAAACACUCCAGAAACCGCUGUAGAAACUCCUCACAAAACCGCUCAAGAAAGCGCUCUAGAAAACACUCAAGAAACUGCUGAAGACAGCGCUCUAGAAAAUUCUCACUUAACUGAUAUAGAAAACACUCACGAUACCGUUUUAGAAAACACUGAAGGAACCGCUCGAGAAAAUUCUAUACAAAACGAAAUUACAGAGGAGAUGAAAAUCUUCUGAAAGAUGACAGCAAUGAUGUAUCAGAAGAAACGGAGGAUUAUGAGAAUGGUUUUACAAAUGAUACGCAAAUAUUAAUUGAGCCCGAGGAAAAGGCAAGUUUUCCUUACGGUGUAAACGAAGCUUCAGAGAAAUGUGAAACAAAAGCGAACGAGGUAAUCGAAGAACAUGAAAAAACGUCUUCUUUUAUAGACGUUUCAGAAAGCAUGUCAUGAAUGCAAGGACUUUGCUUCCAUUUGCAAAUUUUAUGAGAAAACGAUUAAACGAAUGUGUAUAUACAUUUCAUAUUUGCAUCCUUUAUCAAACAUACAAGCUUUCAACGACUUUUUUUGUUAAUAUGUAUACUCUUAACAGCGAUAUUUCUGUUAAACGACUGUAAAUUAAUUCUUGAUUGUGAAAGUGAAGACUAUAUAAGUACUGAAUGAUCUUCUAUAAUCGUUUAAUUCAUUAA